CUUUGCAGGACUGUCAGCAGCAGGAGGAUGGCAUCAGAGCUGGCAAUGAGCAACUCCGACCUGCCCACCAGUCCCCUGGCCAUGGAAUAUGUUAAUGACUUCGAUCUGAUGAAGUUUGAAGUGAAGAAGGAGCCGCUGGAGCCGGAUCCGGAUCGCAGCAUCAGCCUCCUCCAGUGCCAGAGCCAGAACCAGAGCCAGAACCGCCUGGUCGCCGGGGGAUCCCUGUCUUCCACCCCGAUGAGCACACCCUGCAGCUCGGUUCCUCCGUCGCCCAGCUUCUCGGCUCCCAGUCCGGGAUCAGGAUCAGGAUCGGGGUCGGGAUCGGGGAGCGAGCAGAAGGCGCAUCUGGAGGAUUUCUACUGGAUGACCGGCUACCAACAGCAGCUGAACCCAGAAGCUCUGGGCUUUAGUCCGGAGGACGCCGUAGAGGCGCUGAUCAGCAGCAGCCACCAGCUCCAGAGCUUCGACGGCUAUGCCCGGGGGGGGCCGCCGUUCGGAGGCUCCGCGGCCGGGCCGGGAGGCUCCAUGGCCGGGGAGGAGAUGGGAUCAGCAGCCGCCGUAGUCUCCGCGGUCAUCGCUGCAGCUGCAGCCCAGAACCAGAGCCAGAACCCGCACCACCACCACCACCAUCACCACCACCACCACGCCGGAGCGCACCACCCGUCCUCCGGGUCCCAGUCCUCCGGGGGCGGGGGCGGCCACCAGCACCUGCUGAGGCUGGAGGACCGCUUCUCAGACGACCAGCUGGUCACCAUGUCGGUCCGGGAGCUGAACCGGCAGCUCCGGGGGGUCAGCAAGGAGGAGGUGAUCCGGCUGAAGCAGAAGAGGAGGACUCUAAAGAACCGCGGCUACGCGCAGUCCUGCAGGUACAAGCGGGUCCAGCAGAGACACGUCCUGGAGGGAGAGAAGACCCAGCUGAUCCAGCAGGUGGAUCAUCUGAAGCAGGAGAUCCUCCGGCUGGCCAGAGAGAGAGACCUCUACAAGGACAAGUACGAGAAGCUCAUCAGCACCGGCUUCAGGGAAACCGGAGGGUCCAACAGCUCCGACAACAACCCGUCCAGUCCGGAGUUCUUCAUGUGA